ACCGCAGUGACCAAUCCAAACUGCAUUCCCUUCUCUCUUUCUCUGUGCCCGCCUUUAAAAUAGGAGGUCGUAGAGUGUCGAGAAAGCUAAGUGCCUCUCUAACCCUACCCUCCUCCGACCUGCACCGGAAAGCGCCCCCUGUUCCAAGGUUCUUCGAGGCCUCGAUCCCGAUAAGCAUCCGAGUGUGAGAGGUCUCCACUUCUUGACUCGUUCUUCUGUUGCCACAACAUGUCAAGAUAUCAUCUGAAGCAGUACGAGAAGGAGCACAUGAAGAUGGCCAUGCUGAAGCAGGAAGAGACAUUCAGGCAGCAGGUUCAAGAACUGCACCGGCUGUACCGGGUCCAGAAGCUACUGAUGACCGACGCGGCGAACGCAGCAGCAAUGCCCGCGGCCACCCGCUGCGACCUCGAGGACGAGAGGCGCGCCGCGGAGAACCACGCCGGCUCGAGCAAGUCGUGGGACGACGCCUACCCGGAGCAGGGGAAGGCCACCACUCCCCAGCUCGCCCUCCAAGAAAGCGAGCUCGAGCUGACGCUGUCUCUAGGGUGCUUCGGGACGGCCGGGAAGAAGGCGGCGGCCAAGAAGGAGACGUCGUCGAGCGUGGAUUCCAGGACGAGCAUUUCGUCGUCGUCGACGGAGUCCGGCAGCCCGGACCGCAGGCUCGUCCUGCCUGCUCCGUCUCUGAUCGGAUCCGCGGCGGCCAUCAGGCCUGGUGCUGGUAGCGUGGGGCAGCGCCUGGAGCAGGACGGGCUGCAGCAGCCUCCUUGGCUCCACAAGUGUCUGAAUCUGGCACGAUAGGCUAGUUCAUGUCCCACUGUAUUCAUUGUAAUGUCAACCAUUCUGCAAUUCUUACGUCACUACAAAAAAAAACUUCUGUUCCUA